AUGAGUGCUAUCCUAAAGUUCAUCCGUGAAAACCACAUACUAGCAGUGAUAGAACAAGCAAUUGCGAAAAAGAAAUCUCGCUUGAGUCUAAAUUCUUUUGAAAUUACCGAAAUUCCUACACUGUUAUACUCGUGCAUCGAGCUGGAACACCUAUAUUUACAUUUAAAUAAUAUUACAACUGUUCCAGUGCAGAUUACAGAACUCUUAAACCUUACAACAUUGACCCUGGAUUACAACGGCAUAACUUCAUUGCCUGUCGAAAUUGGUAACUUGAAAAAUCUUGUAAAUUUAAACAUAAGUUAUAAUCCCUUAAAAGAACUUAUACCAGAAAUAGGUGAAUUAGAGAACCUUGAAGCAUUCUGGUGCAAUAAAACAGGGCUACGGGAAAUUCCAAAGGAAAUCGGCAAGUUGACAAAACUUGAUACAUUUGGAGCAAGGGGCAAUGAGUUAAAAACCAUACCAGAAGAAAUGACUCAACUAACAAAAUUAAGGUGGCUAACAUUAGAAAAUAAUCAAAUAGAGAUUUUACCAAACUGUAUGAAUAACAUGGAGGGGAUAGUACAUUGCAAUCUUCGCAAAAAUAGGCUAAAGGAAUUCCCAGAGUCUUUUCUGAAAUGUGUUGAUUUGAUGUUCUUACAGUUGAAUAAUAAUCAGAUAUCCAGUUUACCAGAGAAUUUUGACACAAGUCAAGUUACAGUUUUAGAAAUGAUUGAUUUACGAGAAAACCCUAUAUGUGAAUUGUCACAUCUAGACCACCCUUUAGUUCGCUUCUCAGAUGAAAUUCCAGUACCUCAAGAUCUUUCCCCAUCCAGCAGCCGGCCUCAUGGCAUGGCUGCACAGGCUUUAGCUGUCAAUGCUACAGCUCUUCGGUUACCAGCAGUUCCAGCGCCCAGACAUCCGGAUUUGAUAUUAGAAAUGGAAAUGGACGCUUCAUCAGUAGAAUCAGAAGAUUGGGAGAACAGUGUAAAUAGCUCUGAGUUGGACGUCCAUUACCAGAGUGACGAUGAAAGAGGUGACAAUGAGAUCGCACAAUUUUUUCAGGCUGUGGGUAUGGUGUUGCCAGAAUUGUCCCGGUACGCGUCAACAGCGAGUUGA